AUGAGAUCAGAGAGGGAAACCCUGGCGGGGAGACUCGGCCCAAAAAGCGGUGGCCAUUGGAGGCGGCUGCGGCAGCCGAUGUGGCCCUCAUGGAUGAGCUGGUACAUGACUUAGCCUCCGCCUUAGAGCAGACCUCUGAGCAGAAUAAGCUUGGCGAGCUGUGGGAGGAGAUGGCCCUGAGCCCGCGGCAGCAGAGGCGGCAGCUCCGGAAGCGCCGGGGCCGGAAGCGCCGGUCUGACUUCACGCACCCGUCGGAGCACACCUGCUGCUUCAGCGAGGCCUCGGAGUCGAGCCUGGAUGAGGCCGUCAAGGACUGUCGAGAAGUGGCCCCGGUCACCACUUUCAGCGACUCUGAUGACACCACGGUGGCCAAACGGCACCCGGCGCUCAAUGCCAUCGUGAAGAGUAAGCAGCACUGUUGGCACGAGUCUGACUCCUUUACCGAAAACGCGCCCUGCCGACCCCUCCGGCGGCGCCGGAAGGUGAAGCGGGUGACGUCCGAGGUGGCUGCCAGUCUGCAGCAGAAGCUGAAGGUGUCGGACUGGAGCUAUGAGAGAGGCUGCAGGUUCAAGUCUGCCAAGAAGCAGCGACUGUCCCGCUGCAAGGAGAACGCUCCCUGGGCCUCCUCGGGCCACGGCGUGUGUGAAUCAGCAGAAACCAGGACUUUGCUGGGCAAGACAGGAAGGAAGGAGAGGAUGGAGUGUGACGCCGACGAGCAGAAGCAGGGCUCUGAUGAGAACAUGUCGGAAUGUGAAACGAGCAGUGUGUGCAGCAGCAGCGACACCGGGCUCUUUACCAAUGAUGAAGGCCGGCAAGGGGACGAUGAGCAGAGCGAUUGGUUCUAUGAAGGAGAGUGCGUCCCGGGGUUUACUGUCCCCAACCUUCUGCCAAAGUGGACUGCUGAUCAUUGCUCUGAAGUGGAAAGGAUGGAUUCCGGCCUGGAGAAGCUUUCCGACCCCACAUUCCUCCUGCCCUCUCGGCCAGCUCAGAGAGGGUACCAUGCUCGCUUGAAUCGUCUGCCUGGAGCUGCAGCUCGAUGCCUCAGAAAGGGGCGAAGAAGGCUGGGGAAGGAGACCAGCAUGAGCCCUCUGGGCACGGAGAGGAUCAGCCAUAUCAUUAGAGACCCGCGGCAGAAAGAAAAGAAUAAAGCGCCGGCCCCUGACUUUCCUCACAUUUCUGCCCAGGAGUUUAACCCCCUCUCCCCGCUGUACUCGCUGGAUGUUCUUGCUGAUGCUUCUCACCGAAGAUGUUCACCAGCGCACUGCUCUGCCAGACAGGCCAGUGUGCACUGGGCACCGCCGUGCUCCCGCGACAUCAAGAGGAAGCGGAAGCCCACGGCCGCGGCACCUCUGUCCAGCCCCGCUGCAGGUCACGCGGACGCCAUGGAGCCGACCACACCAGCACCACAAGCCCAGAAGUCGCCCCCCUCGGAGUGGCUGGGCAGGAGCCCUGCCGCAGAGAAGGCCACCGACUGCCCUCCGGCCACCUUUUUUAAAGCCCCACAGGAGAAGAGCCCUGGACACAGCUAGAGAGCCCUGGGCUGGCCGCCCGGCACUGGCCGGCGGCUCUGCAUGCCGCGUUCCUCCUGCCCGGCGUCCCCAGUGCGCUCACUGCCCCGGCUGACCGCCAGCAGAGCGCUCUUCUAGAAACCAUGUGGAAUCUCGUUUUUUAAUUAGCAGAGUACUGUGCGCUCACUGCCCCGGCUGACCGCCAGCAGAGCGCUCUUCUAGAAACCAUGUGGAAUCUCGUUUUUUAAUUAGCAGAGUACUGAGGCGGCAGUUCUUAAACAAAAAGAGAGAGAGAGAGAGAGAAGGUCAUCUAUGCUACACUUACCACAUUAUUAUUGCUAGUCCAAUGUUUACCUACAGCUCUGUUACAGAACUGUUGCUUUUUUGUAGGCGUGUCUUUGUUCUUGGAAAACUAGUAACUGCUUUUGCAUACGUUUUGCGUAGUGUUUUUAAUAUCCUUGAGGAAGUCCCAAGUCUGUAGCCAUUUCUAAGCAGAAGCAGAUUUGCAUAGCGAGCUAAGGCCUGUGCGGAAUUGUGUUUGCGGGAGAUCCAGCUUUCCCUUGAGCCUGGUCUCUGGCCACUGAGUGCCAAUAAGAUGAGCGCAGCACGUGCUCAGUUGGGACCUCAGAAGAGACACCAGCAGCACGGGGCUUGGGAACUUCCUCCACCGGCCUGCGGAUGGCCCGGGGGUCACCAGCGACACGUGGCACUUCUCAUCUACAGCGCUCCUGUUCUACUGAGGCAGGGCCUUUCUGCCCAGAUUCACAGAGGGGCACAGCGAAGACGACGGGGUGGGUGUACGGUGUACAGCGAACUUGUAGCCGGUGGGUUAUGUCUUACUUCACGCCCCUGGCCAGCCUUUCUGUCCUGUUAGUAUUAUGGGUCAGCAGCCUGCAGCUGAAGUUCAUACUCAACUCUAGUAAUGGCUCCUCGAGGCCAUGCUUUGGGAAGGAGAACUGUCUUGGUGAGAUGCCUUCACACUGGGCGUGUUUAUGACUGCCCAGCCGCACGUAGAGCUCUAUAUACAGUCGGCCUGAAGUCGGAUGAGGAAUAACUGCCUAGAGCCGCAGGGGAAAAGCUGCGCUUCUAGAAAGUACUAUCAAGAGCGUCGGUCGCGCAGGGGCCUGGCGCACAGAGGCUCUUUGUUUCGACUCUUUCGCUUCGACUCUGACAUGCAUGGAAGCUGUUCGCUCUCUGCUGGGGUCAUGUCGCAGAGGGACCCCUCUCCUGGACCUGGUUGCCUAGUGGACAGUGCCUCCUGUCCCCAAGUGCGAUUGUCCAUCUCCCUGCACACUGUCUGGGUGGGCGGGCUCUUCUCUCAUGCUCCCUCUAGGAAUUCUGGUUGGCAGGGGAGGCUCCAGUGUUUAACAGUGACGUAGGGAGGUGGGUGGGCGUGAGUCCAGUUGGGAAGGGUCUCAAAGCCAAGUUCGCAUAGCACUUUAUAUAAGACUGAGGGUGUGGCACUUGUCCACAGCGAGGAACACCGUGGAGGAAGGGGAAGAUGGAGACAGGGGUGAGGGGAUGACUGCCGUGUCUGGCCCAGCGUCCCUGGGAGCCAGCCCUGGUGCUCAGAUGGUAGUGAGCGCACUUGCCCCUGUGGCCCGCGCCCAAGUCUGUUGAGUAAACACGAGCGCUCCUGAAUUGUUUUCAUCUGACCUGGACAACGACUCCUGACACACUCGAUUGGGUUGGUGGGUGAAAUCUAUGGAUAUUUAUAUUUUUUGCCUUUGUGCCAAGCUCUGUGGCUCACACAGAUUUCUCCUGUUAAGACCUCCGCAGUUCCGGCGGCAAAGGUGUUCCAACAUCUGUCCUCAUGAUUCUGUCCUUCCUACCUGGGAUUAAAAAUAAUCUAUGUGUGCAGCCUUACUUACCCUUUAACCGGCUCUAAGAAGUCAUGCCGCUGUAGAGAGAUGGAACCCAUUACAGGACCGAGUGACUUGUGUAAAAUCCUACAGCGAAGCCAGGGCUGACGUCUCAGGCGUUAGGCUUUCUCUGCCCUGGGUUUCAUCUCUUGGUUUUCACUGAUCGACCCGAGUCCGUCUGAGAGCUCUAUUUGUGAAGUUUACUGGGAAUAUUUACCAUCAAGUUCUUGGGGGUGCUACAUUUUGAAUACUUUGAACAGGGGUCGCACAAGGUGGCAAUACCUCCCCGUAAUAAGUGGCAAGGAGACAGGUGUGUGAGCAAGCAGCCUUUAAGCUCACAGGUACUUUCCAACACAGCAUUGUAAAGUGUGCUCCCCGCUUUAAGGUUGUGUAUGUGCAAGCUUAAGGAAUUAUUAACCAAUUUAUUCCGCGUGUUUUCAGUGCUAACCAGUUGGGAGAGGAUAACCUAAGAAUGAAGUGUAUUUUGAAUUUUAAAGUUUAAAUUUUUUUUUAUAUGGCACAGUAUAUAAUCUCAUGUAUUAAGAAAAAUCUGUUUACCUUUCAAGAAAAGAGCUUGUUUGAAAA